AUGGAAGAACAUAACAGGAUACAUGUGCUAGAGCACAGUGAAUUACCAAGUGAAGAGGAUUUCAUUGCAAAAGCUCAAGCGUUUCAUCGUUUAAAUGAAGCAUCAGAAACUGCUAGUGUUGUUUGUGUGGUGAAGUUCUACGAAGAUGUUGCGGGGAUUCUCGAUGCUAUUGGUUAUCCAAUGGCAUGGGACGCGAAACCGACAGGAUUCGACAUUAAAUAUUGGGAACUUUCUGAUCGGUUUCAUAGUUUCCUUGAUAAGCUCGUAUUCACAAAGGACGAAGUGAACAUGCUUGGCAAAGUGAGAACUCUCAUUUCUGGUGGUCGAUCGUAUGAUGAGUUUCAUGGAGAAAUGAGAAGUGGAGAGAAAACAGUGCGUUGUACGAAAUUAUUCGACGAAGCAGUAGCUGCUUACCGCUGUAGUACCUGCUCGUCUGGAACAGUGAUUCUUCCCUUAUGCUAUCAUUGUUUCAUCGAUCAUGGGCACAGAGAUCAUGAAUACGUUGUUGAUUUUGAUUACAAAGGUUCAUGUGGUUGUGGUGACCCAGAUUAUGCUCUGCCGUCAGGGAAUUGUUCUGAGCAUGGGAAAUCAAAAUCAAGUGAUGCAAGAUGUAUGACAAUGCAAUCUAUUCCUCUUAUCCGAUAUGUUCUGUUGAAGCUUUUGAUCAGGCUACUUACAAUUCUCCGUUAUAUGGGUGCCAAGCCACCGAACUAUAAACUUGAAAGCGUAACUGAAAGUCUCAUGCCUGAUUUGAAUAGAGCUCUCAUUUCUAAAGUUACUCUAAUCAAAAACUCUUUUAGUUUUUUAUAUGAAGUGAUAAACUAUGGAAAACCUAUUCGGGAUAUAGUUGCAUCACUAUUUAUCGAUGAAGAUCUUUACAAAACACUGAUAACAGGUGAAAUACCAGAGGAUGCACUGAAUUGUACAGCUCUAUCAAAAUUAGAUUGGCGUAGUAGUAAACAUUUCGAAUCGUUCACAAACUUCUACUUCAGCCCGACAAUGUUACCCGUUUUUUCGGAGAUAGCUAAAAACUUUGAAUUAAAAACGUUACUACAUGAGUUCAUGUUAUUUUUCGUUUUCUCUGAUUUUGAAACCGUGUUCAUGGAUAUUCUGACGUCAUUAAUGCCGAACAAAGCAUUUGCGGCUACUGCUUCUAAGAUCUACUUCAUGUUUUAUCCUGCCACUGUAACUUUUUUGAGAAAAGUGGAGCAUGUCUGUGAAGUGAGAGAUGAAGAUAGGAAAUGUGCUCAUGAUUGCUGCGAAUGUAAUCUUCAUUUCUCUCAUCAGAUUUUGAACAAUUUGGGAAUGGUGAAAUAUUUGCAAGAAGAAGUCGAUUUGAUGUUCAUUCUAAUGUGCUCUUUGCAAUAUACCAUUAUUUGUUAUAAUACUUGGGCACCUGAUGUGGAGAUGAAGAUGUUACCUGAAGUUGGGAUAGUCUACGAUCAGAGUUCUUUAGCUGAAGCAAAGCAUGAAUCAAAGAAUAUUGAUUCAUUUGCUACUCUUUAUAUGAUUGGUAAAGAUUUAGUUCAAUUGUUGAAGCACAAAGAAAUGUCUUCAUUGUUUUUUGCAAGGACUGACUGUCAGAAACUAUACAUACAAGUAUUGAAAGAAUUGCAUAGCAUGACAACGAUUUCUAUGUCGAAUAUAGAAGGGUUUGAAAUGGAAACUUUCUCGAAGACUUAUCUGAUAGAAUACAUGGUGUCAUCUCAGACUUUAGAACAGUUGAAAAAUGUUUUUCCUACAUGUAGUUAUGAACAAUUGAGUUUCUACUUCAAUGAACUUUGUUCUGUUUUGGAAGAUUAUCUCACUAGUGAUCUGAUUCGUCAAACCAAUUCUACAACUUUCAAUCUUACUUUGGAAAGAAAAUUUUUUGGUGAUCCGGACUUGUACUACUUGAGAUUGGUUCUGGGUUCUCUGGCACCUGAUGAAAUUAUCGACCUCUUCUCCGUAUAUUUCCACGUUGACACUUGCAUAAGCUUCCAUGAUAUAGGGAUCAACAAAAAACAGGAAGUUCUUGUUGAAGAUCGGGAUUUUUAUGAAAAAUGCGAAUAUUUCAGCUGUUUCAAGGCUGAAUAUGCAACUCCUCCCAAGUAUCUCGGGUAUAACCUCACGAUGUUGGGAGCUGAUAACCAAUCAAGUGUUAAUACGGACGACCUUGCACGCAUUCAGUUGAACAUAGGUCUUUCAGAUGAGACCAGAACCAAUACAUCAUAUUUCGAGAGUGCUGUUGCAGACAUCAUGAAUCUACUAACGUUCUUUUUGAUCAACCCAGAUGUGACUGAAAUCGCCGAGGAAGAAAAGUUCAUUAUCAAAAUAAUACAUGUCGUUCAAAAUCAUCCAUCAAAGUUGGACGCCAUAGGUACAUCGAUGUAUGGACGUGGACACAUCAUGACCGACUCAGAACGGUCAAAUCUAUUUCGUGUUGUUGAUGAGGUUUGCAAAGUGUAUCUCAAUCCAUCGAGCGAAAAUAACAUGAUGGGAUCAAAAAAAUAUAUAGUUAAAAGAGAGUACUACGAGAAAUACUGGUGCCCAGUUUUGUCGCGAUACUCGCAUUAUUCUCUCUCGUAUUUUACGGCUGCUUGCAAAGUAAUGGAACAAUUGGAUUCCGAAAAAAUAAAGGAUGAUAAGGUGAAGGCCGAUUUGUGGAUACCCUAUCGUAUACCUGAGUUCUACAAAUACCCUACGUAUAUUGAAGGAAUCCGCUCAGUUUUCUACGGUGAAAAAUUUCUUAUUCUUGUUCAUUCUUGCUUGGCUUUGAAUACUGAAGACCAACUGCAGCAUACCAAUUUGCAACUAAUUGUUUACAUUUUAACUCUCUCCGCGUAUUACUUAUUGUCUGCUGAGAAAUUCUUCAGAGAAGACAAAACUCAGCUUUUUUUCAAAGUCUACUCGGUUUCAACUUGCAAAGAAAGAUCUCAAUCGGGGAGCAUUUUUUCGUACAUGGCGAAUUUGUUCGUUUCAUUUGCAAAAAAACGUGUCAACCCAGCUAAUGCUUUUGAGAAAGUUUACAACGGAGGUUACAGCAAAUCGAGACUGUCUGGAGGUCCUGUGGAGUACAUUGGCCGUUUUCUCUCGCUAUUGACAAAAUUGGAACCCAUAUCCAGUGUAAUAUUAAAGAACACAUGUGAGCUAUCCCUAAAUAUUCCAGUUCCGAAGGCUGAGGCAUUUCGGAAAGCAAUGCAGUUGAAAAUUAUGGAAAAUGCUAGGAAGAAAUCUGAAAGCUUACUGAAAAAGUUAGAGGGAAACGUGAAGUCAACUGUAUCAUUUGAUGAAGAUGCAUCUGAAAACACAAAGAGAAGUCUUGAGUGUCCUAUAUGUUUCAACUCGAAGGACACCUCAGAAGAUAAAGUGAUGACUUUGGGAGUUCUGGAUAGAAUAUGUUUGAUUAGUUCAAUGGAAUCUCCUGCUGCUUUCUCGCGAUCUCAAGUGAACGAGGAAUCUGUUACCGGACAAGAAAAUACAACUGGAAAAUGUUAUGCCAGAUUAGCCCGUUGGCAGCAAGAUAUUGCUGUUGAACAGAACAGUGCUACUUCGUAUUGUUAUAUAGACUGGAGGACGUGUAACCAUACUUAUCAUGCGAAAUGUUUCAUUGACUUCAGUAACUCGAAAAUGUCUCUUUCCGAAGCAUGGAUUUUCCAAUCAUCGGUGUCCUGCUCCGUUUGUAGAUAUUCGCUGCACUCUUUACUUCCAGUUCGACUCACAAACCCUUCUGAAGAUAUAGCACGUAAGUGUUUCACUGAAGAGAGGCAGAUAACUUCGAAUAGACUUUUGCAAAUCUUAUCUACAGUUUUAAGUGAAGUAGGAUGGAAGUAUCUGGACGAAGACAAGCAAAGCUAUCGAGAGGCGUACUAUAGCCGAACUGCUAGAUUACUAGAAAACGGCUCUGCGAAAAUGAAACCUAAGACAUAUGCAACGAGAAUUGAUAGAAUUAGGCAACAACUCGAAAUAUUGAGCAAGUUAAAGGUAAAAGGUUGGGAAAAACUGAAAGUAGGCUCUAAAGAAGGAUUGCUAAAGCAUUUGAUACCGGUUUUGAUGUGUCAACUCACGCAAAGAGCCAUUCGUUCUAUGGAAGAAACAGUAAGAGAUCUCUUACAGCCCCAGGGGGAAAAUGUUGUGAAUAUAAUGAGUGAAAACAUAAAUGGUUAUAUUUUCGAAACAGAUGCCUCACCAAAAGUAAUAGUCGAGGAUUCUGUACGUACAACAGCUCUGUCCCCGGAAGAUAUGAAAACUCUCGAAGAGCUGCAAGAAUAUGGAUUCCGUAUGAGUAAUAACCCGAAUAAUUUUGAUUUCAAAUCUACAGAACACUUAAUCAAAAGAGAUUUGAUCAAUAUUUUCAUUCUGAUUGUUACUGCUAUCUACGAAAGUAACUUAUUGGAAGCUGAUAAAAUAGCUAUUAUUCAAAUUCUGUAUAGCCGCUUGAUUGGUGUAUACUUGAUGAAGACAUUAGUUUUAUUGCUUCCAUGUAUCACUGAAAAGUGUGCAGGCUCCAUUCUGAAGUAUGAGGGAUCUGGAUUGGAAGCGCUCUGCAAAGCUGUGUAUAUCAUUAGAUUGGAAACCAGGGCAAAUCCACAAAUAGAUUUCUUUGAUGACGAGACUGGUCUUGAUUUUACAUCUCUGAUUGAACACACAACUCAAUCCGUCGCAUACUUUAUACAGAUAGUUCAAACAUUCCUCAGUGAUUUGUCUGUUCUCAAUAUUGACUGUACUUUGGAAGCUUUAUGCAAGUUUUAUAAGAAAGAUGACAUCAGCGAGUUCGUGCCGAAUGGAACGUUUGUCCAUAAUUGGUUAACGGACUUGGAUGGAGCUAUCGGGUAUCAUAAAUAUUAUCAGGUAUCACUUCAUUUUAUUAAGGAAGUUAGGGGAUUUCUCGGGGUGUAG